AAUGAGCAGAAGAGAAUGCUCUUUCUGCCCUCAAAGCGUUUCCCUAAUCCCUUUCUGUUCUCUCCUUCACUAUUCUCUCGCAUUCAAAUCUUCCUGAACUUCAACUGUUCCACACCAAACAGUCAAUUUUCGACGGAAACCCUGAUACAAAAUUCUAGAACGCGUUAUGGUGGUGACGCUUCGAGGUCGAUGAGACAGGAUUCUAAGGCUUUCCGUGGUAAAAACAGUAAUAAGCCUUCCGCGAUCGAUUUUGAUGUGAAAACGGUUGCAGAGACAAUCUCCAGCUACGGCAAUGAUUGGAAACGUGCCUUUGAAUUCUUCAACUGGGUCGAGAACGAUUGCCAGUUCCAACACACUGUUGAUACCUACAACCGAAUGAUUGACGUUCUGGGCAAAUUCUUUGAGUUCGAUCUCGCCUGGAAUUUGGUCGAACGAAGGAGUAAAGAUGGGUCUUCCCUGCCCGAUCACACAACUUUCCGGAUCAUGUUCAAGCGGUAUGUGUCAGCCCAUAUGGUUGCAGAAGCAAUCUCUGCUUACGGUCGGGCAGAGGAGUUUGAUUUGAAGGAUGAAACCUCCUUCUCCUAUCUCAUCGACGCGCUCUGCGAGUACAAGCAUGUGAUUGAAGCCGAAGAACUGUGUUUGGGAAAAGAUUCACCUUAUCCCAUCAACACCAAGUUGUACAACAUGGUUCUUCGAGGUUGGUAUAAGAUGGGUUGGUGGAGUAAGUGCAGAGAAUUCUGGGAAGAGAUGGAACGGAAGGGUGUUACUCGUGAUCUUCAUUCCUACUCCAUCUACAUGGAUAUCCUCUGCAAGUCUGGGAAACCUUGGAAAGCAGUUAAAUUGUAUAAAGAGAUGAAGAAUAAGGGACUUCAACUAGAUGUAGUGGCAUAUAACACAGUCGUUCAAGCUAUGGGUCUCUUGGAUGGCGUGGACUCUGCCAUCAGACUAUAUCGUGAGAUGUGGGACUUGGGUUGCAAACCAAACAUUGUAACUUACAACACAAUUAUCAAACUUCUGUGUCAAUCUGGAAGAUUGAGGCAAGCCUAUUCAGUGCUCGAUCAAAUGCCUCAGAGGGGUUGUGUACCCAAUGUGAUUACGUAUCACUGUUUUUUUGGAUGCCUUAAUAGGCCGAAAGAGAUUCUUAACCUGUUUGAGGUGAUGAUUGAGAGAGGAGUGAGUCCAAGAAUGGAUACUUAUGUGAUGCUUAUGAGGAAAUUUGGAAGAUGGGGCUUUCUUCGACCAGUUUUUGUUGUUUGGGACAAGAUGAAGGAGCUUGGGUGCAGUCCAGACGAAUUUGCUUACAAUGCUCUGAUUGAUGCACUGGUGCAGAAAGGAAUGAUUGACGUAGCUCGGAAGUAUGAUGAAGAGAUGUUGGAAAGAGGGCUCUCCGCUAAGCCACGGAAAGAGUUGGGCACGAAGACGUUGGGUGGAGGAUCUGAUAGCGAGCCUUUAUGAUGGUUUAUGAGCUUAAAGUAUCUUACAGAAGUGCCCACAAAGUGCUGUUUGUAAUUGGGUUUUCAGAAAGGAGUGGAUAGUUGCAGAUAAAGCAAAUUAAGUGGAGUCUUUAACGAGGUAUUUUCGAGCUUAGGAUUAUCUCGAGUUCCACCUUUCAGGUAAAUUACGUGCAAAUGUGAAAGAAGAGUUGACAUGGAUGAGAGAAUUCAAAGAAUUGUAGAGGUGGUUGCUUAAGCCUUGUCAUAUCUGGGAGAAGAGUUUGCAGGUUCAUCGAUUUUGAGGUUAUAGAUGCACCUAAUUGUUGGUUUUCGACUUAUAAACCUCCCGAUUGCUUUAAGCUGCCUAGAUCAGACCAUGUAUCAAAAGAGUUGGUACACUGAAUAAAUGUCCCGAGUCCCUACUACUAGGAAAGAUGCAGAAGUGAAGAGAUGUGGGAGCAGGGCUAUUUUGUAGCAGCAACACUGUUACUGCACAUUCUCAUUUUGCAGAAAACCAGAACUCCUGAAAGUGAAUUCUCUUUGGCUUUUGGACCAGGAUUUAUGCUAAAUUAGGGUAUAAUUAACCUCAAACUAGAUAAAGAAAUUGUAGUUGACCAACUCUUACUGAAGCCAUUGGUGCUGCAGUAUCCAUUCUUGUUCUUCAUGCUCUCAAACUCAUAGACCUUGAUUCUUGGAGUUCA